AAGUUGAACAUCUGUUGUGGUUGGCAUGCCCUGAACUCNGGCUUGAAGGCGACGAAAUCGACCCCGCGAUUGCGUCAUCUAUACGACUUGCACAUUACAACCUCGCCAUCAUUCUUUCCCUCUNNUUACGACAAUCUCGAUGCUCAGAAGUCUACUUCGAAUNNAAACCACAGACACAUCAAAGAAUUGUCAAGCAUCAGAACAAUGUCGAACAAGUCACACCCAGACGCGGACCUAUUCCCGCAUGCAACUGGUCUUGCCCAGAAGACUGUCGAAGAGCACAAAGCAGAGCAGCCUUUGAAAUUGUAUGCUGGUUGGUUCUGUCCUUUCGUCGGUCGUGCAUGGACAGUUUUGCAAGAGAAGAACAUCCCUUACCAAUACAUCGAGCCAGAAUCGCUUUUGAAGUUGAACCCUCGCGGUCUGGUCCCUACAUUACAGUACGACAACAAGCCUCUCUACGAGAGCACAGUAAUCUGCGAAUUCCUCGAAGAAGCCUAUCCAGAUCAUGGACCCAAACUCCUGCCCGACGACCCCUACGAGCGUGCUCGUACUCGCAUUUGGACGGAUUACUGUACUUCACGAAUAAUUCCUGCAUUUCAUCGCUUCUUGCAGUUCCAACCAAUGUCAGAUACUGAGGGUCUUGAAGAAGUGAGACAAGAGUUCCUUGGUCACUUGAAGGAGUUCACGAAAGAGAUGGACUCUGAAGGACCGUACUUCUCGGGCAAGGAAGUUGGUCUCAUUGAUCUCGUUGUUGCACCAUGGGCAAUCCGUCUGUGGGUCUUCGACCACUACAAGAGUGGUCUGAAUAUUCCCAAUAGAGGCGAGGACAGCGCAGUCUGGUCGCGAUUCGAAAAGUGGCUCAAAGCAAUUGAAGAACGCCCUUCAGUACGCGAGACCACGAGCGAAAAGGAAAAGUAUCUCAGCAUCUACCAAAAAUAUGCCGACGAUAAGGCGCAGAGUGAGUUGGCAAAGGCCACACGUAAGGGUCGUGGUGUGCCU